GCUCGCCGGGCAUGUGGAGACAUUAUCAAAGCAGCAGCUCAAAGAGCGGUGGCAGCCGCAGCCUCAAGACGUGGUUGUGGCGGUUCCACCCAAAAGUGGCACCACCAUGCUUCUGCAGGUGGCGCAUCAGCUCCGCCGCCGAGGUUUAUGGCUUGGUACUGAUGACUUCGAG